AUGGCAUUGGAAAAGGUCACGGCACGAGUGUUGAGUUUCGAGGAGCAGGUGCGUAGUAUCGCUCAGGAUUUUGUUUUGCCCAGCUGUCAAGCCGUUGCACCGAAGCUGAAGCUCAUGCGCUCGAUGCGGCUGGCAUGGUGAUGGUCAGACAUCUUCGCUCAGAUUACACCUUGCUGACCUGCUCGAGAAUGACGAAGAGUGGGCAGAAGCAGCGGGCGUGCUGCAAGGCAUUCCUCUGGAUUCCGGACAUCGAAGUGUUUCGGAUUUGGUCAAGCUUCGCAUCUUGAUCCGCAUCGUCCGCCUACUGCUAGAGUCCGACGACUCGGUAGCUGCGGAUGUAUCCCUCAAACGAGCCAGUCUGAUCGUUCACAAUGUGCCUGGCGCAGUCCCCGCUCUACCAGGCACAGAGAGCGAGGUGCCGCAGACCAGUGCAGAGGCUUUGCAGGAGGGCAAGCAGCUCGGACUGAUGUACAAAUUCUGCCAAGCUCGCAUCUACGAUGCCCAGAGACGCUUUUUGGAUGCUGCGACGCGCUUUCACGACUUGUCGUACGUCACCGACAUUCCGGAAAGCGAGCGCGAGAAAAUGCUGUGAGUGUGCUUGUCUGGUAUGCAGGCCAGACUGUACCUGACGACGAGUGCUUGCCUGGUCUAUGACCUCAGCUCUGCAGCCGUCACCGCUUCCAUCCUCUCCCCAGCAGGCCCUCAGAGAUCUCGCAUCUUGGCUACGCUCAUGCGCGACGAGCGCUCAGCUUCGCUCGAACAGCACACAAUCCUUUCGAGAGUCUUUUUAGAUCAAAUCGUACGCCCCGCCGAGAUCGAAACCUUUGCAAAGCUCUUGGCUCCAGUGAGUCGUGGCCUUGCAAGGAUGAUGAGCUGGGGUCCAUUGCUGACCAUCUGCAUUGAUUUGGCAGCACCAACGAGCGGCAUUGCCUCCCACCUCAAACGAAGCUGCUGUUGCAUCCGUAUCAGCAGAGGGCGACGUCGAGAUGAGCGAGGGCGCAUCUCCUGCUCAGCUGAACACUAGCACCAGAACAGGCCCGAGCACGGUGUUGGAUCGCGCAAUGAUUGAGCACAAUAUCAUUGCAGCCUCGCGUAUAUACAGCAACAUUACAAUCGCCGGUCUGGGCGCCUUGUUGGAUCUGUCUUCAGUCGGUGAGCAGUAG